AUGUUAGCCCUACCAACUCGUUGCGAUCAGCUUCGUGAAUUGAGCCCGCUUAAUACGGACAGCCCACACUCUACAAAUUCUAAAAUAUAUUCGAAUAUAUCUCAGCCGUUGCCUGAAACUAACCGCUGGUCAAGUCUUUCUCCAUCCAUCGGCCCAGAAUCCGAAGAGGGCGCCAACAUCUGCACAUUUUCAAGCGACGAGCCGGACUUCUCGUACUAUUCAUCUCCACUAAGUAAUCAGCCGUAUAUGAACUCGCCCAUGCACUCUACGCCUAAUUAUCACCCUGAUAAAAUGGACAACAAUCAAGAUUCCCCAAGGACAGAAGGAAAGGCACAUCAUAGGGAAUCAUCUCUAUCAUCUUUAUGCUCGGCCGGCCCAGCAUCUCCAUACACUACUAAUAUCUCUAAUCCGCAGAUUGUUGGCGAAGUUUAUGACUAUUCAGACCCAUCUUUCUUUCCUGGUAUAAAACCAAUGACUCCAGCUCAAACGCCCUCUCAAGAACCUUUUCUCGUGCCACACUUUUCAUCUGGAUUUCCUAAAAGUUCAGCCAUAUGUCAUGAAGCUGUACCCUUACCGGAAAUAGUUUAUACUGGGAGAUCAUCUAUGGCUCCUAUUCUUGAUAACGACACGCAAGUCUCUAUAUCAGCACUAGAUAUAGAGAGACAGCGACAGACUGGAGAAACUCCGAGCGAUAGCCUCUGGCUUCCUGACGGUAUACUUUGUGAUCAGUCAUAUAGAAAUAUGGUCAGAUUUAAUCAAAAUAUGUCGAGCAUCUAUGAAGACAGUCUUUACGAUCCAAAUAAUUUGACAAAUGCCCAAUCUCCCAUGACUCCCUCUUCGUCAGUAACUCGCUCAUCAACUGAAAGGUUGUUCGAGCAGAGACUACAGGCAGCAAAAAAUCAGCAUUUACAUGCAAACUCAAAUUCAUCGAUACUUUUUCAGCCUCAAGAUUGUGUAUCAUUUCAGCAUGGGUUGAACCUAGCUCCAGUAAAUAGCUUUGAGAUUGAUUCACCAAGUCUGCGUGUAAAUACGAUGACACCAUUACAAGGGCAGCAGAAAAAUGAGAACGAUGUGCGGGUCUUUCAGGAGCAAAUUUGUAGAAGUUCUUCGAUACAGCCGGGCUCUGCAAUCUCGCCCAGAGAUGUCGGUGUAAGCUAUCAUGAGAACAAAAAUAGGCUUGCACCAGCUUUCCCUUCUCAACAGGCUCCACCGCAUAUGUUUCCUUCGUACUAUCCAAGUCAUCAGCUAGAUCUUCAGGAUUCAGAUCAAAGCGUAUCUCCACGAGGCCUUAGUAGUAUAGCCGCAAGUCGACGUCAAAGCUCAUCAACAUAUUCAUCAGUACAGUCAAACUUACAGCAAAAUGAAUUUAAUUUUAACGUGCCAGGAAUUAAUGAUAAUUUACAACAUGUGCCACGGCAAAGUUCUUUUUUCCCCUCACCUCAAAGGCUAGGUAAUAGUGCAGCGGCAUUUACAAAUCGCAUUCCAUUGAAAAAAAGAAAGGGAAAUCAAGAGUCAAAUUUACAUUGUUCUGGCACUAAAAAACCCUUGAUGACCACCGCCGACACAGGAACCUAUACCUGCACGUACCAUGGCUGUACGCUUCGAUUCGAAACGCCUGCAAGGCUGCAGCGCCACAAACGUGAGGGCCAUCGAAAUUCUGCAGCCGCAGCCGCAGCUGCAGCUCUUCAUGGGGGAGGUGGCAUGACAUCAGCGGCAGUGCAGAGAAAUUCCCAGGCCGGUCCCCACAAGUGUGAUAGAAUAAACCCAUCGACUGGAAAACCAUGUAACACCAUUUUCUCUCGACCUUAUGAUCUUACUCGUCAUGAAGAUACUAUACAUAAUACCCACAAACAAAAAGUUUACUGUCCUUUAUGCGAAGACGAGAAAUCAUUUAGUCGGAAUGACGCACUUACACGUCACUUACGGGUUGUACAUCCAGACUAUGUAGACCCAUCGACUCGAAAACGACGCGCUACUGGAGAGUGA